GCCAUAGGUACCUCUCUGAAGAAAUUCAGACUGCUCUGAACCGUGUGGCAUCUUAUGAACUCCAUGUCAGUGAUGCUUAUUUAUCCAUGGCCUGUUAUUACAAUGAGGAGAUGGGAAUACCUCCUUUUGCCACAUUUUUCAGGGAGCAGGCUGAUGAGAAGAGGGAACACGCAAAGCAGUUCCUAAGACGCCUAAGAAAGCAUGGCGGUAUUGUCUGCCUUCCAAUUAUUAAGCUCUCGGACUUCGUGGGAGAGUUUUGGAAAAACAAGAGAAGAACACAGAGUAUUUGCAGUACCAGCUCAUCUAUCAGGAGGAAUUAGAGGAGCUGGUUCAGCAGGAAGACACAUUUUUAAAGUCUGACAUACGGUUUGAUGAAUAAUUUUGCACUUCCAAUCAUGGUGGGAAGUUUGGUAUUCAAAGACCUAAUGUUCUCCAAUUGCCAAAAGACUAUUUUCCCCUUUACCUAUGACCCUAUCUGCACUGCUUUACAUGCAAAUAAAUAUGAUUCACGCUA